AUGGACGUCAACAUAGAUAUACCAGGGAUUGUGAAGCCAUAUAUCUUUUUGGACGAAACAAGGGUCAGCUACGCCCAGACACCCAAAGCUCCAGUCAGCCUUCAUAAGACAGCCAUUAACGCCGACGUCUUCCUCCACAACACAACGGCACAUUGCACCAUACUAAGCGAUGGCAUCUUACCGAGAGAUUAUCUACAAAUUCGAAUUGCAAGCCUUGACCAUAGAAAUAUCUUCUGAUGAAAUUCACGGAAGAGGAGCAAGUGGUUGUAGACGAAGUGAUGAAGGAAUUUCAAGAUUCAGACAUAAUCGAGUACUUUCCCGCCCCAUCGCAAGAGUUAUUUGCCCAAAUCCUUUAUUGUGAAAGGGCCUGUAUCCGACACAGGCUUUGGCAUAAACCAAGUAUACAAACUGUUGGCCAUAUCAAUCCUGGCCAUCAGUUUUAUUUGAUGAGAGUUCAUCGCCCAGUUCAAUAUAUCAAACGAAUUACCAAGUUAAGAGCAACCCAUAUCUCCAACGACAUUUCUACCUUUGGCUCUACUGUUCUUACUGCCAUUUAUUCUGCGUAGCUAUCAACAGAAAUCUUCAA